GGCGUCUAUUUCCUGGCGUUGCUCCCUGCCUGGUUGCGUUCUUAAGCGAUGGCGCGUACGAAGCAGACGGCGCGUAAGUCGACGGGCGGGAAGGCGCCCCGCAAGCAGCUGGCCACCAAGGCGGCCCGCAAGAGCGCGCCGGCCACGGGCGGCGUGAAGAAGCCGCACCGCUACCGGCCCGGCACGGUGGCGCUGCGCGAGAUCCGGCGCUACCAGAAGUCCACGGAGCUGCUGAUCCGCAAGCUGCCCUUCCAGCGCCUGGUGCGCGAGAUCGCGCAGGACUUCAAGACCGACCUGCGCUUCCAGAGCUCGGCCGUCAUGGCGCUGCAGGAGGCGAGCGAGGCCUACCUGGUGGGGCUCUUCGAGGACACCAACCUGUGCGCCAUCCACGCCAAGCGCGUCACCAUCAUGCCCAAGGACAUCCAGCUCGCCCGCCGCAUCCGCGGGGAGAGGGCAUAAAGAAAGUUAAGCCUCGAAAGUUAUCUUUAAACGUCUACUUAAAUCAACCCAAAAGGCUCUUUUAAGAGCCACUCCAUCUACAAUAAAAAGAGCUGUAACGCUGCAAUGUAACUGAAAUAGACGCAAAUUUAUACAAUUAUAGAAGCCAAUCUGAGAUGCUUAUAUACAAGCAAAGAAUGAAACGCUAGUCAAUGUACUAAGUAUGUAUAGAGUCGCUAGCAGAGUGCCAUUUGUAUUAGCUUCUCGUUUCAAGUAAUUCAUUUAGGCAUGGAAGUAGAGCUGUGAUGUUUACUUCCAGGAAGGCAACCAAGAACGGUUAAUGUUCAGAGGGGCCGUCCGAAAUGUCCCACCCCUCGGCUCGCUAUGACGCGAACGCUCAACACCCUCUUUUAUGUCUCCCUCUCCCCCUGACUGUGCCGUGCUCGGGCCCUUGGCAACUGUUUAAAAAAAACAGAUCAACAAAAUAGAUAAGAGAUGUCGAGAAAAAGGCCGGAG